CAAAUGAGUAUACCUCACCCCCUUCCCCUCCCUCAUUUUCGGCCAAGGAGAACCAGGGAGAGCAAGAAAAUCCACCCAACCUCCUUCCUCCAUUGUUGAAGAAAGCUCAUCAAAGAGGAAUCACCCAAAAAGGAGCUAAAGUGCUAAAAGUGUGAAAUAAUUAAGGGACUUGUGAAAGGUAUUUCAAGUGAUUUCACAAAGUUGGUAAAGUCGCCGGAGUUGUCGCCGGAGUUGACCGAAAGUCGCCGGAGUUUCACCGGAGUUCAACCAAGAGGGGUAGAACUUCAUAACGCUAGUUCAAGGUUGAAGCUAGAGCUUGCUACUUGCACCUUCUCACGGGUGAUAUCACAUCAGGAAGACGUGACUUUACAUGAUGGUUGAAUUUAUCAACUGAAGCUGAUAUUACAGGGUAACCCAAUCCAGAUUUCCGGUCAGGCUUCUUUUGAGAACUUUGAAGUACGGAUUUACUGGACACACAAGCAGGCUAGCUCUAGAGAAUUUUUGUUUCAGCUAGGUUCUAACUUUACCAAGAGGGCAGUAGUUGAAGAUUCUGAGAAGCCUUUGUACCCAGGUUUAGAUCUAAAUUGUGACAAAGCUAAUAACUCUGUCAUAGAAAUAUGGUGCAAGCACCUAUAUGAGAAAAUGAUUGAUGAUGGUGGAGAAAUGCCCGUACAAUUUGGUACUUCUGCUGCUAUACAUCGCCCUAAAAGAUCGUCUGAUGAAGCAAUGACAAGAAGAUCUCAAUACAUUGCAGAUCUACUAGGCGUAGGGCUGGUCGGGCAGAUCACACUUAUCCCAUAUAAUGCAGAUGAUCAUUGGGUGUUAAUUGCUAUUGACAUCGCGUUUGGGCUUGUAUACUACUUAGACUCGCUUGGGGAUAUUCCACCCUUGGAUUUGCAGGUUAUUGUGGACCAAGGAGUAAAGAUGUAUCAAGCAUCAAAGGCAACUAGGCUGAAGUCAAAUUGGAUUAGAGUUGUGUGUCCCAAGCAAAAAGGAGCAACUGAAUGCGGGUAUUUUGUUAUGAAGUACAUCAAAGACAUCAUUUCUGAUAUUAGUUUGUUGAAGAAGAAUUUCAAUGCAGUGAAGGAGUAUUCUGAAAAUGACAUUUUACAAGUCCGUGAAGAAUGGAUUGCAUAUGCCGCCACAUUGCUAGAAUGAAUGGAUUGGCCGGUGGGGAGAAUUUGCAGCAUGCAAGGCCAGGGAGGAGUUUGUAGAAGUUUGAAGCACAAUGGAUAUUUUGGCUAGUUAGCACCUACAAGUGCCAUACUAUUAUAUUGCCAAGCUUUUGUAUUUUGGAGAAUUAAGUAUGACUUUUGUGUCCAAAAUGUGGAAUGUACUUUAGUGAACUUGGAAGUAAUCUUUUGUACGUACUCUAACUAUGGUUCAUGGAAACAGUUUGUUCCAUGAAAAACAGCCCAAAAAGACAUGAUUAUAAUAUCAUGCAUUUUGAUCAAGUUAGUUGUAUGGAAAUAAUGUAAUGCUACAUAAUUGCUUAUGAGUUGUACAUGUGCUUUAUUGCUUUGUA